AUGUCAACGGCGCCUCCUUUUCCCUUCUCCACCAAGGAGCUCCCCCCAACCGACCAGGCAAUCUUCUUUGAGUCUUCCUUCUUCUCGCGCAACGGACCGGGCGCUGAACUCCCAACCCCCGCGGAUAUUCGCGCUAGGAGCAACAUCCAAGAUCCCGGCGUGCGUCAUGAAGCAUCCAGGAUCCCACCAGUUCGGUAUGAGGAGCUUGGCCUGAUUGUCAAGUUCGGGGGCCCACCCUGUGUGACCGUGGAUGAAGGUCAAUGUCUUUGGGCGUUGCGACAUGCGUUGCCCCAGGUCCCCGUCCCAGAGAUAUAUGGAUGGACGCACGACGGUGGCCAAGUUUUCAUUUACAUGGAGUUGGUUCCAGGUGCCACUCUAGAACAACGUUGGGACUCCCUAAAUGAGGCUGAGAGGGAGGGCAUCUGCGAACAGCUUCGGACCAUACUAUCAGAGCUACGCAACGUGCGCCACGGACCGGGCGAGUUCUUCGUCGGCCGCAUUAACUACCAACCACUGAGCGACAUCAUUUUCGAAACACCGAGAAACGACCCUCCAGGAGGACCUUUCCACUCGGUGGCCGAGUUCCACGACUGGAUGUCGAUAUUGAUCCGUACAGGCUUUGAACAACACUGGCCGGGCAAAAAGCCUUCGGAACUCCCAGAUCCCUGCCGGGAGCGACUGCCCGAUGACGCACCUGUUGUAUUCACCCACGGGGAUCUCCACCCAAGUAACAUUAUGGUUUCCGCUGAUUCCCCUUGCAAGGUGGUUGCGAUCGUUGACUGGCACCAGUCGGGGUGGUACCCAGACUAUUGGGAAUUUUGUAAGGCUGUGUUUACGGCAGACUUGCAUGGCGAGUGGCGGAACAGAUAUAUCCCGCUAUUCUUGCAUGAUGCUGGUCUGGUUCUCGUUUGGGAUCACUAUGCCGGCUCACUCGGAUACUAA